AUGGAAUCGCCUCCUACAAACAAAUCGUGGUUAAUGUUUGAAGGUCCUAUCACCGGUAUUACCGCUGAUGGCGGGAUCAACAUUAAAACCACUUCCUCGAGUUACCACUCACUGAUUCCACACUCCUUCUUACAGUCUGACAUUGAGAUUUGUGGCCACGUGAUCAUGGGUUCAUUUGAAGGGGACUUUUCCUUUUCCGCUGCCACUUAUACUGUACCUGACCUUGUCCUAGUCUUGAAAUCAGACGAACCGCUCGUCAGAAAGCAAAUGUACGAGACAGCUCCUGGACAAGCGAUGUGGAUCAGUGGGAAACUCAUCAAAAACCAAGCCCUUUCUUUUGAAGUCAAGGUCAUGAGAGUCGUCUCCGAUACUACUCUCUCAAAUCAAUGA